UUCCCCUGCACCGAGUGCAGGAAGGGCUUUACCCAGGCAUCUGCCCUGCUGAUCCACAGGCGGGUCCACACGGGGGAGAGGCCUUUCAGCUGCCACGAGUGUGGGAAGGUCUUCAGCAAUUCCUUCGCCCUGCUGAGGCACCAGCGAAUCCACAAGGGGGAGAGGCCACUCUCCUGCCCCGAGUGCGGGAAGGCCUUCAGUGAUUCCUCCCACCUGCUGACCCACCAGCGGGUCCACACGGGGGAGAGGCCCUUCAGCUGCCCAGAGUGCGGUAAAGGCUUCAGCGAUUCCUCCACCCUGCAGACCCACCAGCGGGUCCACACAGGGGAGAGGCCCUUCAGCUGCUCCGAGUGCAGGAAGGCCUUUACCCAGGCCUCUGCCCUGCUGAUCCACCAGCGGCUCCACACAGGGGAGCGGCCCUUCAGCUGCCCAGAGUGCGGUAAAGGCUUCAGCGAUUCCUCCACCCUGCAGACCCACCAGCGGGUCCACACAGGGGAGAGGCCCUUCAGCUGCUGUGAAUGCGGGAAGUGCUUUACCCAGGCCUCUGCCCGGCUGAGACACCAGCAGUCCCACACCAGGGAGAGGCCCUUCAGGUGCCCCGAGUGUGGGAAGGGCUUUGCCCGGGCCUCCAACCUCCAGACCCAUCAGCGGAUCCACAACGGGGAGAGGCCCUUUAGUUGUCCCGAGUGCGGGAAGUGCUUUACCCAGGCCAUCACACUUCAGAAACACCAGCAGUUCCACAUAGGGGAGAGGCCCUUCAGUUGCCCCAGGUGCAGUAAGGUGUUCACCUGCUCCUCCCACCUGCAGAGGCACCAGCAAGUUCACGUGCCAUAGCAGGGGCAUUGAAGGAGUGACGGCUGAGUGCCAUUAUCGACUGGAGUAUUAACCCAGUUCCGGGGCCUCCCGGGUUCGAAUCCUGCUGUGGCAGAUGGUGAAAUUGGAAUUCAGUCAGUAAUCUGGAGUUCCAAGUCUAAUGAUGAAGCCAUUUUUGGGGGGGAGGGGAAAGAAAACCCCCAUCUGAUUCACUCAUGUCAUUUUUCGGGAAGGAAUCUACCGUUGUGGGAAAGGAUUCACUCAGUCGU